CGAAACUAUCAACGGAUAGUUGGGCUGGACAAGGCUUUAUAUAAAGGCUGCUGUCAGAUCAGUUUGGAUUUGGCAGCUCCUUUAUCGAAACGACCACUCGACGCUCGUUCUGACAUUAUCAUCUUCAUCAUCAUCAUCAUGACGGAGGAUCCAAAGAAAGAAUAAUGAGUUUGACGGCACAGAGAAAAGUUCGAACCUCAUUUGGGGCAACAGCGCCACCCUUCAUUGACUACCUGAAAGAUAUCCUACGUAGAUAUCCAGAUGGAGGACAGAUUUUGAAGGAGCUGAUCCAGAAUGCAGAUGAUGCUGGAGCCACAAAAGUUAUUUUCAUCCACGAUGAGAGGAGUUAUGGAAAGGAGAGCCUCUGGAGUGCUGAACUGGGAAAGUACCAAGGUCCUGCUCUCUAUGCCUACAACAAUGCUGCAUUCACAGUUGAUGACUGGAAAGGCAUCCAGGCAGCAGGGAGGAGUGUCAAGCGCAAUGACCCAAACAAAGUUGGGAGGUUUGGGAUUGGCUUCAACUCUGUUUACCACAUAACAGAUGUACCAUGCAUAUUCAGUGCAGGGCACAUUGGCCUGCUAGACCCCCAAGAGAAGCUAUUUGGAAAAGGAAAUGGAGGAUUUCAAUGGUGUCUUGAGGAUUCAGAAGACCAGGAAUGUUUAAUGACCUUGCAUGAUCAAUUCCAACCCCUUCAAGAUAUUGUUUCACUUGUAUGCAAACAGAAAUGGGUGAAUGUUGUCAAUGAGGACCAGCAUUUUGAUGGAACACUUUUCAGAUUUCCCUUGCGCAAUGAGUUAUCCGAGAUCUCAGAUAACUUGUAUGACUCAACUAGAGUUCUUCAGCUUUUUGACAGCUUCAUUGCAGAUGCCGAAUUAACCCCACUGUUCCUGAAGAGUGUGACCUCGGUGUCCCUGAUGCAUAUCAAGGCAGAUGACUCUGUCAAAGUCAUGCUUCAAGUGAAAUGCUUAUGCUCCACAGAUAUUCUGGAGACUAGAGAUGGUUCAGUUGUCACGGGAUCCACACACUUCAAAUACGUAACUGUCUCCUCACAAAAUCACGAAGAGACAAAAAAGUGGCUCAUGACAACAUGCUGCAUGGAAGAGGGCAACAUAGCAAAACUAGAUUCACUAGCAGAGAAGUUAUGUUUUCUCCCUCAAGUUGACUUGGCCUUCCCAUGUGAAGGGAAGACAGAAUGUACAGAUGGCAGAUUGAGUUGCUUUCUCCCCCUCCCAAACAAUGAAUCCAACAAAACUGGAUUACCAGUGUAUGUUAAUGCAUGUUUUGGACUCACAGACAACCGAAGACACAUCAAAUGGCAGGAGGAAGACCAGAAAUUCGAUGACGCUGCUGUGUGGAACGAACUGCUGAUGAAAGAGGUGCUCCCAUAUGCAUACCUAAGGAUCAUUCGAGAUGCUAUCAAACUAGCCAAAGACUCUGAGCUCUCUGUCUCCUCUGUUUAUGGUCUUUGGCCAGACCUCACCAAGACACAACACAGAGACAGAUGGCAUGCUGUUGCUCAAAAUGUCCUUCAACAUAUGUUUGGAGAGGACAUUGCUGUCCUCUCUCUGGCUUCAAAUGAGAGAAACUUUGUCACUCCUUCAGAGGCUGUACUCCCAUGCAAUGGUCCGACAACUCCUGAAAUAGUGGCCACCAUUCAAAGGGUCUUGGUGUCCUGUGGAGAAAACCUUGUCACUUGUCCAGAUUGGAUUGCAAGAGCUAUCAAGGAUGCGUAUCCACACUUCAGCUCCCUAAUCUAUGUGACUCCUUCUUAUUUAAGGGCAGUUUUUCACAAAGUUGGUUUGCCUAACAUGUCAGAAGAGGACAAACUUUCUGUUUUGGAGUAUGUCUUAAGUGAUGGAAAAUACAAAGAACUCCAGGGUCUUCAGCUGCUUCCACUCAGUGAUGGCACCUUCCGAUCUUUCACAAAGCAAGAGCAGGACAUUGCUUUCAUUGAGAGCAAUGAAUUUCCAAGAAUCCUGCUCCCAGGUUGCAAGAAUCUCUUCAUCCCGGAAAAUUUGAAUACAACCUGCUAUACUCAUCUGAGGGAACUAGCCUCAACAAAUUUGUUCAAUGUAGUCAACAUUGAUGCAAACCAGGUUACUCAAUAUGCUAAGAGAUGUUUACCAAUGGAUUGGGAAGAAAUGAAAAUCGGGCAUGUUACUUGGAAUAUUGACAACAGCCUGCACCCUCCCUAUGAGUGGCUUCAAGAAUUCUGGAAAUUUCUCAACUCUCACUUCGGAAAGCUGAGUCAGUUUAUUGGCAUGCCAUUAAUACCCACCAGCCCUCUUGAGGAUCAUCCCAUAUUACUAGCAAGACUACAAAAUAUUUCAACACUCAUUUCUCAGAAAAGCAAACAGACUUUUUUGCCAGACCACAUUGCUCAGCUGGUAGAAAAAGUUGGUGGCACAGUUGUGAGAGGAAAUGAGUGGCUUAAGCAUGAAGACCUUGACUCUUAUGUUCUUCAUCCUUCUUCAAAGAGUGUCAUGCAAGUGUUUGCGAACUUGAAUUUUCAGCAUGUCUUGUCAGCAGUCAAGACUUUUUCUUACGAAGAAAGGCAAAAUCUUAAAGUUUAUCUCUCUGGUCUGGAUUAUCUUGAAGUCGAUGAAAAAGAUGUCCUCUCAAGAUUGCCUCUCUUCCAAACCAUGAAUGGCUCUUAUGUUGCUGCUCACUCUAAGCAGGCUGUAUUAUUAAAUUCUGGUCUGAGAGUGCCCAGAGAACUCCCCAUGCCUGAUUCAGUUGUACAGUGCUCUACUGAAGUUGAUUGCAGACUUCUGAAACUGCUCAACAUUGUUAUCUUGAAUACAGCUCAAGCAGCCAAUCUCUUAAUUGACCAUGUAGAGAGGAAGAACUUUGAACAAAAUGACAUAGAGAGAAUCAUGAACUGGGUUUUGGAACAUGGCGAUAUCCUUUUCUCUCAAAGUGUAACUUUGAAAAAAAGAUGCAAGGAAAUGAAUUUCAUUGAUGUGAAUGGAGAGUUGAAAAGAGCCUCAAGCUUUUUAGAUCCAAGAAUUGAAAACUUCAAAGUCCUUUUUGAAUCAGAUCUAUUCCCCCCAUGUGUGUACACACAGACACCACAGAUGAUUGACAGUCUAAUAGAUCUUGGGUUGCUACAUAAAGAAAUGGAUAUAACUUCAAGCCAUAUGCUUCAUGCUGCCACAAAGAUUGAGGAAUUGCAUCCUCACUCUCACCAGGAGGCUCACAGACGAUUUAGGGUUCUUUUGAAACUUAUGGAUGCCAAUGAUUCUCUGGCCAAAUGUUCUCCGCAGCAGCUUCAAAGCCUCUCAGCUCUAAAAUGGGUGCCAUGUGUCAAACCUGGUUAUAAGAAUGUGCAAAAAAAGAAGAAAUCUCAACAACAGUUCUUCUGCCCCAAUGAAAUGAGCCAUCCAAUGUAUAUGGACAUUGUUGGUCAUGUAAUGCCUAUGAAUGAGGAACUCGGUCAGAGAGUUGGCAGUGCCCUUGGUCUCAGACGCUUGCCUCCACCUGAAAAGGUUUUGGAGAAUUUGUCAGUGUUGAAAUCACUGGCACUGACAAUGGAAGACCCAGAUACAGAUGUGAAUUUUAAGAGGGAGUUGCAUAGCAUGUACCAAUACAUGCAAGAUCACAUUUCCAGUUUCAAAAAGGUGAUAAGCAAGAGCAUACCCUGGAUUUGGACAAACAACCGAUUUGCUUUACCUAAGGAUGUUGUCAUAAACUACCCACCUAAUCUGGAUUUGAGCGCACACAUUGGAAAGGUGCCACAAGAAUUCCUGCCUUAUAAGAAAUUGCUUAGGGAGUUCGGACUCAGACUAUCACUCACAGAUGAAGAGAUCAUAAAGAUCCUGUAUGAUAUGAAAGAAAACAUCGAAGGAAGACAACAGCCAUUUGCAACUUCUUCUGAGCUCGAAGUGUCAAUAGCCAUUCUUAACUGGAUGUGGAAAGAGAAAAAGACUAUCAAAGACAAUAUCCCUGUGCCGAUCAUCACAGAGAGUAAACAAUCUACCCUUAAACCACUGCUGACAACUGUCUUCUGUGAUAUAAGCAAAGAGGGUUUGAAGGACCUGAGAAAAAAUAAGGAAGAGUUUCAUGUCAUUCACGAGGAGAUACCAAAAGCAACAGCAGAAUGGCUGAACAUACCACUUCUCAGCACCCGCAUCCUAAGGCCAGAGUUAGUGGGAAUAGAACAGUGUGGGCAGUUUGAGCCAAUAACAACAAGGAUUAAGAAUAUUCUCAAAGAGUAUGAUGAACAAAAAGACAUCUUCAAAGAGCUUAUUCAAAAUGCUGAGGAUGCUGGGGCAAAAACGUGUAAAUUCAUGGUAGAUUACAGAAUCCAUCGAGAUCUUCCUGAAAGUCUAUUUGACCCUGGCAUGGCCCUUUGUCAAGGACCUUGUCUUUGGGCAUUCAACGACGAGUUAUUCACAAAGGAUGAUUGGGAAAAUAUUACCAGAAUAGGAGCUGCCUCAAAGGAAAACAUGGUGGAGAAAAUUGGAAAGUUUGGACUUGGAUUCAACACAGUGUACCAUUUGACAGAUGUUCCUUCUAUCCUUAGUGGCAGUACUCUUCUCAUUCUAGAUCCAAAUGUGACCCACCUGAAGAAGCACAUCAAGGGCAAAACAAACCCUGGAAUAAAGCUGGACCUGUCUAAAGAACAACUUCUGAAUUGGUUUCCUGGUCAAUUCAGACCAUACCAACACAUUUUCAACUGUAAUUUCACUGGAGAAAGAACUUCUAAACCCUACCCAGGCACUCUCAUCAAGCUACCUUUCCGGACCAAAGAGGAGGCUUUCAUGUCAGAAAUCAGCAAAAAGGUGUAUGAAAGAGACAAUAUCAUCACUUUCCAACAGCACUUAACCAACAAUUCACAAACUCACCUGCUCUUUCUGAAAAACAUCAACACAGUAUCUUUACAAAAUAUUCACAACAAUGCUUCAACUCCUCCAAGUAAUGACCAAAUAAAAACAGUCCUCACAGUCUCAAAAACGACAGUCAGUAUGACCAAAAUUCCACACAUGAAUGAGGAAAAGCAGAGUCAAGCUAUGAAAAAACUAAUGAAUUUGAAUGAAAAAUGCAAGGACAUUAUCGACUGUACUAGAGUCAGCAUCAUCAAAAUAACUCAGCAACAUCCCAGUGAAUCCAAUUCCCAGUUCUGGCUUCUCUACAACUGUUUUGGAACACAGCAGGCCUUACAGAUAGCACUGGAAGAAAACAAGCAGGCUAAAUUUUGUUUGCCAGUUGGGGGUAUUGCUGUGCCAUUGCACAUCAAACCAGAAACCAGUAAAUGGGUCAUAUCACAAAAAGACUUUGUUGGGCAGGCGUUUUGCUUCCUUCCUCUUUCCAUUCACACAGGUCUCCCAGUGAAUGUAAAUGGAGCAUUUGCUGUGACUUCAAAUAGAAAAGGUCUAUGGGAUAGCGGAGUGAAAUCGGACUGGAACAAAGCUUUACUUCAAGAUCCGGCAAAGGUGGCAUACAUCACUGUGCUCUUGGCACUAAAGAACAUGUCUAAAAACAAUGAAUUGGAAUGUUACUCUUACCACACCUUUUGGCCCACCACGGAGAACGUGAGUGAAAAAUUCAGACCUUUGGUGGAUGCCUUUUACGCUGCUAUUGCCAACCACAUUGAUGCGUUGGAGCUUUUCAGUGAUGGCAAACACUGGUGCUCAAUGAACAAUGCAAUAUUUUUACAGCAAAGCAUUGAAGAGGACAGAAAAAUUGGUAUGCUUGCAAUGCAGGUGUGCCAACAUCAUGUAAAAGCUCCCAACUAUGUCAUUCCUCUCCCAUUGUGGUUGAGAAAUGGCUUCAAACAGGCAGGCUUGGAGAAAAUUUUACAAAGCAGAAUAUGGAAUUGGGAGACGUUUUACAAAGAAGCAGUAUUCUGCAACCUGAGCACUCUAGACCCUAACAGUAGAGACACUUUGGUACUGCAUGCUAUUGACCUUAAUAUCUCUGCAGUUGACAAACUAUUGAUGUCCUACCCAUGCAUCCCCACAAAGGGAGGAGAACUACAGUAUAUAAAGAAACUUGUGAAUCCGUCAGGAAAAGUAGCCUGUCUGUUUGAACAAGAGGAGGUACGCUUGCUUGGGGGAACUAAAAAUGACUUUCUUUCCCCCAAAAGGAUUCAACGUUUGUUGGGGCUUGGAAUGCUUAAUGACUAUCUCCCAUUGGAAGACAUCCCAGAAAGAACUAAAAGAAUCACCAGCAUUUGGUGCAAAGACAAAAUGACAGCAUAUAGACUGUUGAAAUGCAUCCUUGAUCUAAUGAGGAAUCCCAAAGUACAUGAUAAAAGCUCACAUGUUUGGGAGUCACUGAGGAUGACUGCCUUCAUUCCAGCAAUUCCACCACUCAAAAAGAGGAAUGAGAUGGUGACACUUUGCCGACCUACUGAUGUUUUUAGUGACAAGCAUAGUCUACUUGUCAACAUGACAUACCAUGUGGUUGAUCAUUCCAAUCUGAAAAUACACAGUGAUGAUCCAGUCCUCCAAAUUUUGGGAGCACGAGAAAUUCCAGAUCCUGACACAGUGCUUAAUCAACUGCAAGAAGCUUGUAGCCAGUCCCAGUUCUGCAACAAAACAAUGCUUCACAGAAUAGCCGAUGAAUGCUAUAGGUUUCUGAACCAAUGGCUUAACAAUGGGGGGGAUGCUAGACUUAUUUCAAUGAGAGCACAUUCUUUCCCAUUCAUCCUUAUUAAUGGAAAGUUUGUACAUGUGGAUUCUGUGGCAGAAAAUGAAGAAUUUGAAGCUAAGCCAUAUCUCAAUGUGCUUCCAACUGACUUCACUGCUUUCAAGAAGCUCUGGGAAUGUGUGGGAGUUAAAAAAUGUUUUACUGUCAGCCAGUUUCUAACUGUACUGAAGAAAUUGCAUGCCCUCCAUGGAAACAACCCUCUUCCAGAUUCUGAUCUCAAAAUUUGCCUCACAAUAUUGCAUAGAGGGUAUGAUGUCAAAGAGAAAAUGCUGAGUGAUUGUUUCAUACCCAAUCAACAUAGCAUUUUAGAACCUGCAAGCAAGCUGUAUUACAAUGACAGUCCCUGGAUGCCAGUUGGUCCAGGAAUUACUUUGUGCCAUGAGAAAAUCCCACGUGUUGUAGCUUGCCAUCUUGGAAUACAAACAACCAGACAUCAAACUCUGCAAAAUCACUUAGUUGAAAACAUCUCACCAUUUCACUUUGAGUUUGAACAGCGAGAACAGCUGACCACCAGGAUCAAAAACAUCAUUGCAGCCUAUCCCUCAAAGAAGGAUAUUCUGAAAGAGCUUAUCCAAAAUGCUGAUGAUGCAGAGGCAACAGAAAUUCACUUUGUUUGGGACAGAAGAAAACAUGGCACAGAAAAAACAUUUGGGAAGAAAUGGAACCAACUGCAGGGUCCAGCACUAUGUGUCUACAACAACAAGGUAUUUUCUGAUGUGGAUCUUAAAGGCAUUCAGCAACUGGGUGAAGGUGGAAAGCACAGCAUUCCAUGGAAAACAGGAAAGUAUGGGAUUGGAUUCAACUCAGUUUACCAUCUCACAGAUUGCCCCUCAAUCCUAACUGGAGAUAAAUUACUGUGUAUUUCUGAUCCCAAUCAGAAGUACAUAGAAAAUGCAUCCAAAAAAUCACAAGCUGGUUGUGGUUACAAACUAUCUAAGGUUUUCAAAGAGACAUACAGUGAUGUCUACAAAUCAUUUCUUCCAGAUGCAUUUGCUCUUGAGGAGGGCACCAUGUUCAGAUUACCUCUAAGGAUGGGUACCAUGGCAAACAACUCCAAAAUAUCCAAUCAAGGAGUCACUGAACUUGACAUGCAAGAGUUGUCCUCAGCCCUUUGUGAAGACCCUGAAGGAUUGAUACUGUUCCUAAAAAACAUCCGGAAAAUGAAAUUCCAUGAUAUCGACCCAGUAACGGGGCAACUCAAAGACCUCUUUGUAGUUGAAAAAAGACUCACAGACAAGAGCAAUAACACACAAGUUUCUUUUCAGAAGUAUCUUCAAAGUACUUUGCAAUCUGACAGUCAAGUAACACCACACAAGGCUAUUUAUGAUAUCCAGAUUUCAACCUCUGACAGAAGACAAAGUGAGUGGAUCAUUGCAGAACAGUUUGGCUCAUUCAAGAGCAACACUGGAAGAGAAAUUGAAGAAUCAAACAGGGUUCCUCAGGCAUCGCUGGCUGCAUUUAUGAAUUGUAAGCCACACAGAAAGGAGGAAUUCAAUGGGGUAGCCUUUUGCUCACUCCCUCUGCCAGGCAAAACUGGACUUCCAGUACAUGUUAAUGGAAACUUUGAAGUAGAUUCUUCGAGGAAGAACCUCUGGAAAGCAGAUGGCCAGAGUUUGGAAACCAACUGGAACGACUCUUUAAAAAAGAAUAUCAUAGCGCCACUUUAUGCAGACCUUCUUCAUUAUAUUCGCCUCAACAUUCCUAACGUUAAAGUCACUUCAGUGCAUGUGGAUAACUUUCAUCUUGAUGGCUUUUACCUACGCUUUUUCCCUGUUGUAUCAAAAGAUGUUGACCAGCAUUGGCACAACAUGAUACAUGCUGUGUAUAGAUCAAUAGAAGAAAAAGCCAUUGAUGUUAUUCCGGUGUUGCAUAGCUCAACAAGGAAUAUUGCACAGCGGUCCAUUAAGGAAUUCUCUUUUAACUGGUGUAAUAUCAGAGAAACAGAGCCAACUACUGCACCUCACCUGCCAGACCCAAAGAUGAGUGGCGAUAUUAUUUGCAUUUUGGAGGAACUUGGAAUGAGAUUGGUUCCCAUUUCCAGUAAAAUGGAAAAAAUUUGGGCCAAUUUCAGACUGGCUGGUGUUGAAGUAAAACAUGGCAGUUCUUCAAAUGUAAGGGAUUUUCUAAAAGAAAAACCACUCAAUGACUCCAACCAAAUUGAUAGUGGGUUACCUUUGCCCAUCACCUGCACUCUGAUUAAAGAUGAGAUGAGAUGCUCCAAGCUCUUGAAGUUCUGCUUGGAAGAUGUAACCGAGGAUAAUUCCAGUUCAGUGAAUGGGCUUCCUCUUCUACUCACAAAAGAUAAAGUUCUCAGAGUGUUCCAUUCCAGCCUUCCCAAGAUGAUUUCAAGAUAUGAUAAUCUGUUCUUUGGAUUUGAAGAUAAGUUUGCCGAUUAUCUGACCAACCUAGAACAUAUGGAUGUUCUACAAGAUCUCAGCUUUCUCAGCAAUUUGACAAUUGUCAGUGCAGGACCACUUUUGGAAACUUUACCUCAGCAUCCUCUUGAUGUCUGUGAAGUUGAUCCAAUUUGCAACCUUCGUGUUCCAAGCGAGACCACGUUGAAGUGGCUGAAAGAACUUUGGAAAUUCAUUGUAAGUGAAGUAAAACCUGCCUUGUUCCUUGAAAGCAGUGACAAACAAGGUAUAAGUACUGUUAUGGAGAUCUUUUGUAACAAAGGUAUAUUACCUGUUAUGUGCCCAAGGUUAAACAACAAACCCUAUCUCCAAACAAUGAAGGACAUGGAAAGUGUUAUACUCUACAGCUCAGAAGAGGACAUAUCCAGCAUUCUUUUCAAACUUGGCUGCAUGAAACUAAACCUUUCAUUCUUCACUGAAGUGGGUACUCACAUACCUUUGCUUUUACAACCUGGACUUAUGAAUAUAAGUAGAAAAACGUGUGUGCUCAAUCAAGUCUGCAAACUGAAUCAUGCAGAGUUCCGCCACCUUUCUGACGAAGAAUUCACUGAGCUUCAGCAAUUUCUACAAUCUGGAGUAUCCACAUCCGAAGACAAACAAGAGUAUGAGAGAAAGCUCAAAUCCUUGCCAUUAUUUGAAACGAUACACAGUGAGCGAGUGAGCAUUGAUGGGCCCGGGCAGGUAUUUAUCCUUGACAUGAGCACAAACCCAAUAAAGACAUUUUCAGAUUUAUUCUCUUUGUGUGACAACCACAGCAUUUUUCUCAAAAGCAGUGCUGCGAACCACAACCUAUCAGAUAGUUUGGAGAUCCCAAUCCUAACUGAUAUAGACUAUUUCCUGAAGUUCCUUCUGCCUGUCCUAGACAAACUCACAGAGACACAGAUUCUGCAGUCCAUCAAAAUGUUUCUGAAUGCAAAACAGUCUCCAAAUUAUCAAAAGCAUCAGAAAACUAUUAUCUCUGCAAUGAAGCCUGUAAAAUUCAUCCGCAGUAUCCAUGGGGAUCUAGAGAAAGCAUCAUACUACUAUGAUGUAACUGUGGAAUUAUACAAGUUAAUGUUGCCUCAAGAGAAGUUUGUGCCUACACAAUUUUGGGAUAAGCUGUGUGGUGGUGAAAACAUGAUGGAUCAAGUAAAGACAUUGCUUCAAGAGCUUGGAAUGAAGCAUAAGGUCUCAAAAGAGGAGGUAAUACAGUUCGCAUAUCAAAUAGAAUCAGAGGCAAAACAGAAAUAUGGCCUUGAAGAGUUGAAAGUAAAAUCAUCAAAGCUGUUAAUAAGAGCUAUAAAAAUAGCAAGUGAUAAAGAAAGGCAAGCUCAAAACCUGCUGAAGAAUAUGGCUGACAUCAAGUUCAUUUUUCCGGUGAAAAUUAAAGAAGAACUGUGCAACUUUCACUCUCCAUUUGCAUCUGGGAUGACUACUGUUGCAAUCAGAGGAUCUUUGAUUCAAAGUGAUCCUAACAAUCAAAACCUCAUCUGGACCUCAAUGCCAAUCAUAGCUCUUUCAGUGCUCUCAACACAGAAGCACCAUCAAAUGGUGAAAGAUGCUGGAGCAUAUGAACAACCACCUCAACAGUGUGUCACUAGAAACAUGAGCAACAUCUGUCAGUUGCCCUGUCAAUCUGAUGACUUAAUCAAAACCCGUGCUGCUGUCUUCAGCAAUUGUUAUGCCUACCUACAAGGAGCAGAGUUCGACAGCCAACAUUUAACUGGCCUCCCAAUAGUGUUAGUUGAAAACGACUCAAAACUGGUGAAGGUUGAAGAGACAUCCCUUGGACUCCUCCAUGACUCCGAAUUCCGGCCUUACUUGUACAAAAUACCUGCAAAGUAUAUUAAAUUUGCUGAGUUCUUCAAGGCAAUAGGUGUCCAGGAAGAGCCUACUGCACUGCAGUACUGUAAUGUUCUUUCAGCAAUUUAUGCAGAUACCUGUGACAAACAAACACUGAACCCGAAUCAACUAAUAACUGUCAAGCGUGCUGUUGAACAGCUGUUCAAUCUCAACAAAGCUCAAGAAAACGAUUCAGUUAUCAAACUUCCAAAGAUUUUGCACUUCCCUUCUACAGAUGGUAGAUUAUAUUCCUCAACCACACUCUAUUACAAUGACACAGUGUUCCUGGCAAGCAGGUUGGAAGGAGCUUUGGAGGGGAAAUGGCUGAUGCUUGAAAAACUCAGCGCAUGUUAUUUGGGAAAUGACAUUUAUGAACACCGCCGACUGCUGCAGUUGCUACCUGAGGGUGUCCGACCAAGAAUGCUGUCCCACCACACUCGAGAGAAUGUGUUGGAAUCAAACAUACAGUUUUGUGAGCAUCAAGCGACAUGUGAAUUUAGUGGAUGGUUUGAAAACCAUCUCUCCUCAAGAGCCUUCAGGUAUGGGCUGAUCUGUCUUAUGAGGGAGCAAUCUCAGGGCAAGUUAACACUAGGAGAUGCAGAUGACAUGUGUCAGCAGACUUUUGGCUGCAUUCAGAUAGUCUGCUGUAAGAUUCUCGAAACAGAACUUUCUUUUGAUCAACAGCCAUUAAGCAACACCAGCUCUGAAACUGAGGUUUAUGUCAAAAAAGAACAAGAGGGUUGUAUCUUCUAUCUGAAACAUAGUGAUGAUAUCACAGCUCCUAAAGUGAUCAACAGUGUCUGCAUCACUCUAACUAAAGAGAUAAAUGCACUUUUAGGUUACAAGGUUGCAUCAGAUCACCUGACAAUUCUCGGGCAACUUCUUAUGUGUGACAGUUUGCUGGAGGUUCAGAACACCCUGGCUAGGCAUGGAAUUCUUGACAGCGCAAAAACUGACCACAUCCUUUUCAAUCCACCAAACCCUGGGACAGCCGUUACUGAAGAAUGGCAUGAUUUUCUAGAUAUGGACAUCCUCAAUAACUUUGAAGAGGGGGAGUAUGUUGGCUAUAUGGUCAAUGACGAGUACAUUCAUGCAGUUAUUAUCGCACAGCUGCCAGGACCUUCUGGACUAUAUUCACGCAAAUACAAAAUACAGAUCAGUCCAGAAGAAGUCAUUGAAGUCAGCUCUCUUGAUCUAUAUCAGUUUGUACGAGAAAAGAAGCCAAAACAAACAGAGAAGACUCACACCUCUGCUGAAGCAUCUUGUUGGGAGCUGGAGCCACGAACAGGCGUGGAGUCACAUGACUCAUCAUCAACAUCUACUACAAGCCCCUCAUCUGCAAGGCCCUCUUCUACAUUACCAGCAUCUCUUGAGGAAGCCAAAAAGGAAAUUGACAGAUGUUUGGCAGAAAUCUGGACUCUAUCUGAGGAAGAGAAACAAAAAGCUAUUAAACGAUUGUACCUGAAAUGGCACCCUGACAAAAACCCAGACUACGAACAGCUUGCCACAGAGGCAUUUAAGUACUUGAAGAACAGAAUUAAUGAGCUCACAAAUGGCAAAGGCGCAAAGUCUUCUUGCCCAGAGUCGAACACGAAUUUCAGAAACUUUUAUGAAAAGUGGAAUCAAGAGGCCAAUCGCCACAAACAAGGUCGUGAGAGAUUCUUUAGAGGCCAUCGUUCACAUAGUUAUAACUCUUGGAGAAAUUUCAGUAAUUUCCCAAAGCCUAACAGAGAGGAGGCCCAUCGCUGGUACAGACAAGCUCGCUGUGAUCUCACUGCAGCCUACAAAGACGCUGGUGGUGGGAGUACAGAGUGGUGUCUGUUCAAGAUCCAUCAAGCAGUAGAAAAGUCUCUCAUAGCUGCAGAAUACAAAAGAAAUGGUAAACGCCCCACCAGCUGCUCCAUUUCAUUCAUUGCCGCAAGAGUUUCAACCUACAACCCUCAGUUGAGCGGUUUGCCUCAAAUUGUGGAAAAUCUAAUCCUGCUUGGAGUGGAUGCCAAAAAGACUCAGUAUCCCAAUUUUCACCCAUCUCCUCAUAUUCCCAAUGAGCAGUUCAAGUCAGAGAGCGAAGUACAAGCACUGCAUUUGGCCUCAGAAAUCCUCAACAAAAUAGAGACGUAUGUCAACUAAGAUAAGUUUACCAACAUUUAUUGUUAACUGGCAUAUAAUGGCAUAUAAUGUUAUGACAUGAAAGCACAAACAAAAUGAAUCAAUUAUGGACCAGUAUAUAUAUUUUUUUUACAUUGAAAUUAUUGUAUUUUUUAAAGAACCUAGUUCAUUAAUUUUUCUAGGUUACUAUUUGUUGCUUUGUGCUAAAAGACCAACAUUUCACAAAGCAAAAAUGCCUUAUUAUAAAAGAGCAACAUGCGUUAAUUUUAGUUUUUUUAUUUGGAGAGUAUUUUGUUAAUGUAAAUGAGUAAAAUGGACCAUUUUUGGAUUGUACAAAAUUAGAUUUUUUUUUGUUCCUUUGUUGAAGUUGUACUCUGGUUUGGGUGGAAAAGGGGAAAUGAACAAUGAUCUGGAAAAUUACUUCUACAGAUGUUUCUCUGUUUGACAUUUUUUGUUGCUGAGAUAAUAACCACAUUUAAUUAAUCUAACCAUUCCUGUCUCAUAAUUUUCCAGCUACAACUUUAAUAUAGAUAAUAUUUUAAACGUUUUCACGUUUUUUGGUGGAGUGUGGAAACGAAGUAUCACAUUUUGUUGCGAAUUUACAGAGUGAAAAGUGUGACUUUUCAACAUUGACUCUCCCCAUUAUUCUCUUGCUGUUGUAAUGCAAAAUAUUUACAAGUCUGCAGAUGCACAGGAUAAAUAGUCAUGAGCAUUGGGAUUAAUCAUUUAAAUGUUCACCGUACCUACAUUGUGUAUGUAUGUAGUACACAUUUAUAUAGAUCAAGGCCUGUAUUUGCCUAGUUUGUAUUGUACCAAUAACAGAAACAAUCUUAUAUCACUCAUCUUGGAUUAAAUACCUUAGUAUGAGUUCUGUGUUCUAAUAACAGUUAUGGCUGUAUUGUUCAAACAACUAAUAAAUACUUUUCUU